ACAAAAAAACACUUUAAACAUAUUUUGUAUGAAUUUGGUUUUCCGAUAAAGCCCUGACUGAUGAGACAGUAGACAGGGUUAAUCACACUGACAGUUAUCAUAAAUCUCAGUCCUAUUGCAUUGUACUCUAUUCUAUUGCUGUGCGCCUCGCUGGAUUACAGGGGUGGGGGGCGUCUUAUUGCAUAACAGAGAUGUAAUAGUUCAUCUGGAGCACAGCGGACUGUAGCGGCGGCGCGGUAACCCCGCCCCUUUCCUCUACGUCACGGCUUCUCGUGUGGCCUCUACGGGUUGCUAUGACGACGGCGUUGCAGCUCGCCUGUGAAGGCAUUCACCGCUUCAACACUUGACUUCUGUUAGGGGAAACUGUGUCGACCACAGAGAUAAAACCUAUCCACGGCUGGUGCUUUCUGGCCUGCAGUCAGAGAUACAGACCCGUUUAAAAUGCGGCACGGAUUCAGACUGAGUCCUUUCGAAGUCACCAUGAGUGCAUGAGCUGACUACACGAUGGCGACCUCAGAAGAAGUGGAUCACACAGCUGUGGACGGAUCAGACAAGGAGCUCCCAGCACAGGAGGAUGCAGGGGGGGAGCAGCCUUACAGCACUCCAGAUAGGAGACACGUUGAUGCCCUUUUGGAUAUUAGUGAGGAGGACUUCUUGAAAGACCUGGAGCCAUAUGAGUAUCAUUGUUACUCUGGUUGGGAAGAAGCUGUCCAAGGUUGGGCCAGAGUUGCUCCCCUGAGCUGCAUCCUUUUGACUCAGAAGAGAUACAGGAAACCAAAGCAUAAGGAGGCUGACACUCCGGCCCCCUUGUCUGUUGACCCAACGAUGCCAGCCAGCGUACCAGAGCACCGCUGUGAGUCUCAUGUGCCGAACAGCUUUAAGAAAUCCAUGCCGUUAAACCAGCACACAGGAUAUUGGAGAAUAGCUGCUGUGGCUGCUCUGCAGACAGAUGCCUCAGAAUUGCCUGUCCACAAUGCAAUGCAGAAAAACUCGUCAAAUCUCUUACUGGAGGAAAAACUAGAGGAGGAAGGGAUGCUCAGAAAGACUCCUUUGCAGAACAGGCCCACCAAGCCUCCGAAACACAGCCAUAGGUCCAAUAAUACAGUGGUUCCCAUUAAAAACUUUUCAUUCUUACCACCAAUUAAAUCGCCACACCUGAACCCUCAGAGAGUCAGUGGCAAGAAGGCACCAGAGGGAGACACCACAGAGGAAAACUGUUUUAUGUUUGAUAAGAAGAACGGGGCGAGAGGAACAAGAGUGGACCCUGUUGCUAACCCUGAUAUUCCCACUUACUCUGCAUGCCUGACCUCUAAGCACCAAACAUGUCAGCAUUACCCCCAUUUUUUCUCUGCUAUAAGUGUGUCUAUCCCAAAACGUGACACAGCACACCGCACUAGUUUCACUAUGGGCAAGAGCCUCACUCAGGCAGCAGGUGCACAAGCCCGAAUGCGCCCCAGCAAGAACAUGUGUGCUGUCAAGUUGUAUAAGGGCUGUGAAAUAAAUGUUUGACAUGACUGAUGAUAUGCAGUAAAUUCAAACUCUUAGGUUCAACCAGGUAACCUAAGAUCUUAUUUUGUGUCAUGCAAAUAUUUCCAUCAAAAUAGUUUGUUGGAAGAAUAAAUUCAGUGUAUGAGAGUCACUCAAAGGUUAUUCAUUUGAUUUAGUGUUUAGUGUCAGUUCAGUCUGCCAUUAUAUUUCAGACAACACUAACCCUGCAAGAGAUUUUUCAGCUGUUGUAAUUACCUAGCAAUGGUGCAUCUACCUCAUAAACCUGCCUCGCAUGUUCUAGUAUUCUAACUUAAACCACAAGCUAUAGCUGCUAGAACGUAAGUGUUGCACUGUAUCCUGUGACUUCACGUGAUGACGUUAAGUGUUGCCAAACUAUUGCAUCUGCUCUGUCAAAUUUAAACAUAUACAACUUUCAUCUUAUAUGAGUCAGUAGGUGAUUUGGGGUGAUUGUGGAUGGGUUCUGGGUACAGUGGUUAUCAGUGCCAUGUCAUGUGGGUCUCCAAAGGUCAGCUAAUUACUGUAACAUUAUUUACAACUAGGAGGAUCUUGUUACCAUGCUUUAUUACUACCUCUUUGUUUAGCCGCCCUCUGAAACAAAAAUAACCAGCUUAGUGGGAAUGUUCUACAAACAAAAGAGCUGCAGUGAUGACCUAAUUAGACAAAUUUCUUACCUACAUAUGCAUGUAAAAUAAAAGGGUUAUUUAAAACCAACUUGUAAAGAGUUCCCACAUCCAGCAAAAGCCAGAUAUCAGUAUGUCCGAUUUAACAGCAUUUAAGUGAAAAGAAGAACUAUUUUUGCACUUAUAUGUAUUGGUUGAGUGCAAUGUUUUAUAUUACUACCAUUGUUCUUUAAGUGACAAGGACCACAAUAUACACUUUCCAGCAGUUUAUUAAGAGCAUCUGUAGUGUAGCUUCAACAAUUAAUCAAGGCAACCAUCAGAUCUACACAUAUAGGCAACAGUAACUCAAAUUUUGCUAAAACAAAUAUUUUGUGCUGGGAAAAUAUCUACAUGCACUCCCAACAGAGAGGAAAUAAAGCACUGUAACUGACACUUGAGACUGACAAGACUUCUACACAUAAUUGUCUUUAAAGCAAGGCAUUUCCCUGUACUACUAAACCAGCAGGGAGCAGCUAUGCUGUAUCUGAAUUCAAUACCCAUAAACUAGAAGUACUAAUCUCAAUACAAGAAAUGCUGACAUUUAAUAUGAGUGUCAAAAUCAUUACUAACCGAGGGAAAUUAUCCUUAAACUGUUUGAGUGUGAUGCAAAAAAAUAGAACAUGUAGUCCUUGGGCACAGUGUCAUGUUCUGUACAUUCUUCAGUUUCUGCAAACAUCUCCAAACCGGAACAGCAUUAACCAUCCGUCCGUAAAAAUAGUGCGAUGGUGUCAAAUAA